AUGAGAGGGAAAGUAACCGGAUUCUGGAGAGACCUCCGCAAAUAUGGUUUGAGCCAUUGUGAGCUGGAAGAUAUGCUCACUAAUGUCACUGUACUGCUAAGAACUGUGACGCUGAACAUAGACAUAAGAAGCACGAAACCGAUACCACUUAUUAGCUACGUGUUAACGAUAGUCGGCUUCGUCUUCUACUUCUACAUCUAUCUCGUAUCCAUGAUUUGGUGCGCGUUCGUGCGUUACCGCCGAAUGAGAUACUUUCUCGGCUCCAUCAUUGUGUUCUCAGUCGGCGCCUAUACAGAAUCCUGCGCAAUACGCUUUCUUUUCAUGGCGUUUAACACAGACGUCUUAAGGGAAGUAGUCGCGAGGUACCGCAUCUGUAACAGCCAAGUGGAACCAGGCAGCAGGCUUGCAAGGAAUAUUCUGAAACAUCUAAAGUCUGUCAAGAAGAGGGCGAUAUUUAUUUGGCUGGCUCUGGUCAUCAAUGCUUAUCUGUACUUGGUUCUGCCAUUCUUCCUACCGGGCAAGCAGUUUGCCGAAAACAGGCUAAUUAUAUUUGGUCUCGAGCCAAUAACAGAGUCACCCAACUAUGAAAUAGCGCAAUUGAUGUAUUGUUUCGCCAUACCCACCGCCACGAACAGCUUAGCCAACUGCACAGCUCUCAUGAUUAUCCUACUAGGUUACACUGAAGCUCAACUGCUGGCUCUGAGUGAGGAGCUAAGAAGCAUGUGGAGCGAUGCUGAGAUAUAUUACCAAGAAAGAGCGGACAGAGAAGAGAACAGAACUGUAGUGAUUAAUGAUUACGUGCGAGAACGGUUGAAGUUCAUAAUUAAAUUGCACAACGAAAACAUCGAUCUGCUAAAACGAUUGGAACACGUUCUCAGGGUCAGCAUGGCGUUGGAGUUCAUAGUGCUGAUGGCCGGUCUCAUCGCAGCGCUGCUAGGAGGAAUAGAGAACACGUAUUUAGAAAUACCGUUUGCGUUUGCGCAGCUGUUCAUGAACUGCUACUUGGGGCAGAAGAUCAUCGACUCUAGUACUACCUUCGAGAAAGCGGUUUACGACUGCGGAUGGGAGAAUUUGGAUCACUCGAAUAUGAGAACCGUAUUGAUCGUGCUGCAGAACUCGCAGAAGACUCUGCGAUUGUCCGCCGGAGGUGUCGCUAUAUUGAGCUUUGAAUGUUUGAUGUCAGUUAUAAAAUCUUGCUACUCUUUCUACACGACACUGCAAUCCACUUUGAAAUAA